AUGAUCGAUGAUCCGAGUGUUAAUGAUGAAUUACCAAAUUCAUCUAAAGUUGUAAAAUUUUCUAAUUUAUGUAAUUUACUUGAAAGAAUAUCAAAAAGUCAAGGUGCUAUUGCAAAACAAAAACUAAUGAUAAGAUUUAUAAGUGAUUGGCGUAAGACACAUAAAGAGGUUCAUGCAAAUGAUUUACCAACAUCAACGAUAGCAGCAACAACAACAACAACAGCUGCAACGACAACUGCUGAGGGACAAACUACAACAAGCAGUAGUCUUAGUGGAACAUCACCAAUAAUUAUGCAAGAUUCAUUUUAUCCAAUAUUACGUCUUCUUUUACCACAAUCAGAUCGUGAACGUAUUGCUUAUGGUUUAAAAGAAAGUAAACUUGGUAAACAUCUUGUUGAAGUACUUAGUAUUUCAAAAGAUAGUGAUGAUGGAAAAAAGCUACUUAAUUUUCGUGUACAAAAAAAUACACGUACACAAAAAGGAAGUGAUUUUGCUGAAGUAGCUUAUUAUGUGCUUAAAAAUCGUUGCAAUGAAGAUGUUACAAUGAGUAUUUGGGAAAUAAAUAAAAUUUUGGAUGAAAUUGCUGUAGAAAAUGGAAAAGGAAAAGAAGGUCAAAAGGUAAUCGAUCAUCGUCUUACCUAUUUACUUCGUCAUCUAAGUGCACUUGAAUUAAAAUGGCUCAUUCGCAUAUUAUUAAAAGAUUUACGUGUAUCAUUAAAAGAAAAUUCUAUUCUUGAAUGUUUUCAUCCUGAUGCAAAAGAUUUAUUUGAUCAUACAAGUAAUUUAUUUAAAGUAGCGGUUUAUUUACAUGAUCCAGAAAAACGACUACAUGAAAUUGGUCUUAGUUUAUUUUCACCAUUUCGACCUAUGCUUGGUGAACGAACACGAGCUGAUAAAAUUGAACAAUUAAUUCGUAAAAAAUCUACUAAUCCAACUGCAGCUUUAGCUGAAUUUUAUAUUGAAACAAAAUAUGAUGGUGAUCGUUUUCAAGUACAUCGUGAUAAAGAUCAAUUUAUGUAUUUUUCACGUAAUGGUCAUGAUUAUACAAGUGUAUUUGGUCCUGAUGCUAAUAAUAUUGGAACAUUAACACCUUAUAUUGCAAAUACAUUUAAAAUUGAUUGUGAAAAAUGUAUUAUUGAUGGUGAAAUGGUUAUUUAUAAUCGUAAUGAAAAAAUUAUACAUUCCAAAGGUGAUAGUUUUGAUGUUAAAUCAAUUCAAGCAAAUGAUUCUCAAUUACAACCAUGUUUAAUUGUAUUUGAUAUAUUAAUGUAUAAUGAUGAAAUUUUAACAAAUAAACCAAUGAAUGAACGUUUACAAUAUUUACAAAAAAAAAUUCUUGAACCUAUUGAAGGACGAAUUAUUUUUUCAGUUAUUAAACCGGGUACAAGUAAUCAAGAUGUUAUUAAUGAAUUAAAUUUAGCUAUUGAAGAACGACAAGAAGGUAUUGUUGUUAAAGAUCCAUGGUCAGUUUAUAAACCAAAUGUUCGAGAAAAUGGUGGAUGGUAUAAGAUUAAACCAGAUUAUACAAUCGGUCUUAAUGAUGAAAUUGAUUGUUUGAUAGUUGGUGGUUAUUUUGGUACAGGUCGUUUACGUGCUGGUAUGCUUUCUCAUUUUCUUUGUUGUGCUGUUGUUAAACAAGCAAAUACAACAAAUAAUUCUGAACAAAAAAAUCCUGAUGAUGAAAAUGCUACAACAUCAACACAAUGUAAACCUGAUGUACAUGAUUAUCUUUAUUAUACAUUUUGUAAAAUUGGUUCCGGUUAUACACAUAAAGAAUUACUUGAUUUUAAUAAUCGUUUUGCAAAUAAAUGGAAACCAUGGACAAAAAAAACUGCACCAUCAUAUAUAUUAUGUACACAUGAAAAACCUGAUGUAUGCAUUGAACCAAGUGAUUCAUGCAUUGUACAAGUUAAAGCAACUGAAUUCAUGGCAUCAGAUAAAUAUAAAUGUGGUUUUACAUUACGUUUUCCACGUUUAGAAAAAUUUCGUGAAGAUAAAGCUUGGUAUGAAUGUGUUACAUAUCAGGAAUUAAUUGAUUUACGUGAAAGAAAUGCUGGUAAAUUAGCAUCACGUUUUAUGGAACAUGAAUUAAAUGAUGAUUUUGAUUUAAAUGAUGAUGGACAACGUACAAUAACGUUAACAAAAAAAUUACAAGUAAAAUCUCGACAACAAGCUAAACCAACAGUUGAUUCACGUUUUCGUGGUAUUGAUCAACAAUCUGUUAAACAAACUAGACAUUAUUUUUCAUCAUUGGGAUUUUGUAUUAUGGAAGGAAAUACAAAAUAUACAAAAGCUGAACUUGAAAAACUUGUUUAUGAAAAUGAUGGAACUUGUGUUCAAAAUGCACUAGCAAAAACUUAUUGUGUUGUUACAAAAGUUUCAUGUUAUAUAUAA